CUUUACAGGUACAGAAGCGUCAUUGUGGGCUCGGAAGGGGACGCAUAAGAAACAACGCCUCGCUCUACUUCCCGGUCAUUCUAGGGUUUUGAUUCAGUGUGCUGCGUCGCUCGGGAGCUCCGCUUCGAGCUCCGGCAAUGGCGUUCUGGUGGCCCCUGGUCGUCCUCGGGGUCGCCUUCGCGGUCUGCCGCUUCCUCUUCAUGCUCAUCCCCCACAACGUCCCCUCGAUCGACGUCGAUGCGUCCGAUGUGCUGGAAGAUGGGAGCCAGACCAAGGAGAACAGCUACAUAUACAUACCGAGGAAGGGGAAAAUGGCCCAAGCAGACAAGGUUCAAUGCUACGAGCCAGCAACCAUGAAGUACCUUGGCUUUUGCGAAGCUUUGACACCAGAAGAGGUUAAGGAGCAUGUUGCACAAGCCAGAGAGGCACAAAAGAUAUGGGCAAGUAGCAGCUUUCGUCAAAGACGUCAAUUCCUAAGAAUCCUUCUGAAGUAUAUAAUUGAGCAUCAAGAACUUAUAUGCGAGAUCUCUUCUCGGGAUACUGGGAAGACAAUGGUUGAUGCUUCUUUGGGAGAGAUAAUGACAACAUGUGAAAAGAUAACUUGGCUUCUGUCUGAGGGCGAGAAAUGGCUAAAGCCUGAGUACAGGUCUUCGGGACGAUCAAUGUUGCACAAGAGAGCAAAAGUGGAAUUCCAUCCCCUUGGGGUAAUUGGAGCUAUUGUUUCUUGGAAUUAUCCGUUCCACAAUGUAUUCAAUCCCAUGCUUGCAGCAGUGUUCUCUGGAAAUGCUGCAGUGAUAAAGGUUUCAGAGCAUGCAAGUUGGUCUGGGUGCUUUUAUUUCCGAAUCAUUCAAGCUGCUCUUGCUGCUGUUGGAGCUCCAGAUAAUCUGGUUCACAUAAUAACAGGAUAUGCAGAAACUGGACAAGCUCUUGUAUCUUCAGUUGACAAAAUUAUCUUUGUUGGGUCACCUGGUGUGGGCAAGAUGAUCAUGCAGAAGGCUUCUGAAACCUUAAUACCAGUCACACUCGAGCUUGGUGGGAAAGAUGCGUUUAUAGUGUGCGAAGAUGUAGACUUGCCUACUGUUGUUCAAGUUGCCAUGAGGGGUGCUCUUCAAUCCAGUGGACAAAAUUGUGCUGGUGCUGAAAGAUUCUAUGUCCAUAAAGACAUCUAUACUGCUUUUGUUGCUCAAAUAGUCAAACUCGUGAAAUCAAUUUCUGUUGGCCCUCCACUAGCUGGAAGAUAUGAUAUGGGUGCUAUAUGUAUGCAAGAACACUCUGAGAAGCUUCAAAAUCUUGUGAAUGAUGCACAAGACAAAGGAGCAGAAAUUGCAGGUAGAGGAAGCUUUGGCCAUUUGGAAGAUGCAGUAGAUCAAUUUUUUCCUCCAACUGUUAUAGUGAAUGUUGAUCAUACAAUGAAAUUGAUGCAAGAAGAGGCUUUUGGACCAAUCAUCCCAAUCAUGAAAUUUAGUUCUGAUGAAGAGGUUAUUAAACUUGCAAAUGACUCAAAGUAUGGUCUUGGUUGUGCCGUCUUUUCUGGGAAUCAGAAACGUGCAAUAGCAAUAGCUUCCCAAUUGCAUUGUGGUGUAGCAGCAAUCAAUGAUUUUGCUUCAACUUACAUGUGCCAGUCUUUGCCCUUUGGUGGUGUAAAGCACAGUGGAUUUGGAAGAUUUGCUGGUGUUGAAGGCUUGCGGGCUUGCUGUCUAGUUAAGUCAGUGGUCGUGGAUAGGUGGUGGCCAUUUAUCAAAACAGUGAUCCCAAAACCCAUCCAGUAUCCGGUUGCGGAGAAUGCCUUUGUGUUUCAGGAAUCUCUUGUGGAAGCUCUCUAUGGCCUCAAUGUGUGGGACAGGUUGCGUUCACUGAUCAAUGUAGUGAAGAUCAUUUCAGAACAGAAUCCGAAGUCCAGCAAUGUGAAGAAAAGCCAUUAACUAGCUAUGCUGGAUUUGCUUGAUCAUCUUUGUUUGUGGACUUUGUUCCUGUGACAGUUCACUUCAACUGCUAAUAUUUGAACUCUGUUUUUUA